GUUUAUUAGCUGCAGACGGCUCACAAAACAAAACAGCUUUAGCAACUUGUCCGUUAUUAAGUUACUUUACAGGGUGUUGCCAUGGAGGAGGUGACCCGCCUGGUGUCUACAGGAGACACUGUGAAGAUCUGGGAUGCAGUUUCCAUGGCACCGCUGGAACAGUUUAACCCACAUAGCAUCAGCCACCCUGUUGCACAGGCCUGCUGGAGCUCCAACAACCAGUACCUGGUGAGUGCCAGCAGCAGUGGAGACAAACUGGUGGUUUCCAGUCUCAAAUCCACACCUGUUCCAGUGGUGGAACUGGCCGAUGGGAAAAAACAAACCCGUGUGUGUCUGAGUUCCUCGUCUCAGUUUCUGGUCAGCGGAGGUCUAGAUCACUGUGUUCACAUCUGGGACCUGAAGACCAAAAGACUGCACCGCUCCCUCAAGGACCAUAAAGAGGAGGUGACCUGUGUGUCCUUUAACGCCAAUGACAGCUACAUCGCCUCUGGUUCCACCAGUGGAGAUCUGGUCCUCCACAGUCUGACCACCAACCUGUCCAGCAAAGCCUUCGGCCACGGCAGCAACCAGCCCAUCCACGACCUGAGGCUGUCCAUGCUGAAGCGCUCCCUGCUGGGCAGCGUUUCUGACAGCGGCACCGUGGUCCUGUGGGACUCCAACACCCAGAAGCAGAUCCAUGCGUUUGACAGCGCCCACAAAGCCCCAGGCUCCGGCUUGGCCUUCUCCCCCGCCAGUGAACUGCUGGUGGUCAGUGUCGGCCUGGACAAGAAGAUCAUCUGCUACGACACGUCCAGCAAGAUUGUCCUGAGGUCCAUCCGGGUGGACAGUCCACUGACCUCUGUAGACUUCACUCUGGACGGUACUGGUCUGGUAGUGGGAUCCACUCAGGGGAAGAUCUAUCAGUAUGACCUGAGGAACUCCAGCACCCCCACCAGGAUCACUGUGGCACAUAAAACCUCAGUCACCUGCCUGCACUUCCAGAGCAACACCAGCAGACACAAGGCCAGCAAACUGGCCUCCACCAAGAUCGCCAGCACUAAGAGAUCCUCAACCAAGCUGUCAAGCAGCCAGCCAGACCCCACCCCCAGCACAGGCCCCGCCCCCCAUAGACAGAUGACAAGCACAGCAGGGGGCGCUGGGGCAGAAGUGAUGUCGCGGGAGACUGAAGGCCAACAGGGGACGGAGCAGCUUCCUGUGGUGGAGAAGUUCAGUAGCAUCGGACGAAACAGUCUGGACGUCUUCUCUCCUGCUCGGGAAGACUCUCGGACCCAGGGUACCGCGGGAGACACGCCGUUUGGAAGAACACAUGUUACCAGUUUGGAGAUGCUGUCCAGAGAAGGAGAAGGUCCGCAGGUCAUAGGUCGGGCCAGUCUGGACAUCUUCUCCCCAGUCAGAGAAGACUCUCAUUCAGGUGCCAGCUCACAUGGUAAGACUCCCCUGGGAAUGCCUCUGGUAGCCUCUGCUGGGCGAUGCUACAGCCCGCUGUCCAUCUUCCAGACCCCUCCACCAAUCAAAGAGGAGGAGCCAAUCCCUGCUGCAGCAGCUGAACCAUGUGACCCCAGAAAGUCUGACAAGGCCAGCAGCUCCAGCCCGGAGGGUGAGGGUCAGACCCCGCCCACGUCAUCCCAGACCAAUCACAGCCAGCCGGCUCCACCCUUCUUCACUCCAGAACCCAGCCUCAGGAGAGCCAAUGGUAUUCAAGCUCAGCUCAGCUACGACUCACCUGUCCAGGGAGCUCCGCCCACCACCACAGCAGGUCCAGCUCUGUCGGCAGCUGUGUCCUCCUCUCUCUCCCAGAACAUCGCAGAGGUGGUGGGUCAGGCGGCUGCUCCUCUCACCUCCCUGCAGAUCCACUUCAUCCAGAACAUGAUCCAUGAAACUCUGGAGGACUUCAGGGACACCUGCCACAGAGACAUCGUCAACCUGCAGGUGGAGAUGGUCCGACAGUUUUACAUCCAGCUGAAUGAGAUCCACGGCCUGAUCGAGAAAUACUCUGUGAAUGAGUCUCUGGUGGAGGAGAUCGAGAGGCUGAAGGAGGAGAACCGCAGGCUGAGGACCAACUACUGACCCCGAGUUUAGCCUCUCAGGCAGUGCCUCCUCCCAGAUUGUUAUGUUUAGUUUAGAGAUGGUUUGGGGAUAUGGUUUGAAUGUGCGUCUGCGAGUCAAAGUCUUGUGGAGAACUUUCUGCCGACUGAAGAGCACCAACGGAGAGCUGCUUUCUGGUCUCUUCAUUCAGAACACCAGCAGCUCCUGAUGCCGAGGACGACUGCGGAUGUGAGUGAGGUUGCGUGUUGUGUAGUGGAAGAAUGAUCAGAUGGUGUCAUGAAAUGUCCAGCUGCGUCCGUCAGACUUAUACAGACAUCCCUUGGUGUGAUGUUGAACACUGGUUAAACUUCACUCUGAGGAAGUUGGUGACAGUGGUUUACACUUUGAGACGGACAUUUUCUUACAUCAUCAGCAGCAGCUGUGAGCUUAAAGCAGCUGCCUGCUUCAUGUGUGCCUCUAUCAAGUUUUUAUUAAUAACAAACAUUUUGUCUAAAGAAUAAAAAAAGAUCCUUAUUGAAAAUAAAACAGCUCCUGUUGUGAAAUUCACAUAGUUCUGAUGCUGACCUGUGACCUUUGUAACCCCCACCCUCACGUACCCAACUCCAGCUGCAGCUUUUACUUUGUCAUAUGACUCAUUGUUAGUGCCCAAGUUAUUUCCAAGGACAUUCAGACUGUGAGUGAGUGAGUGAGUCUCAGCCUUAUUUUUAGAGCCAGAGUG